AUGCAACUGCCUGAAAUACCGCCGCCUCCCCUCGCACCUCUGUGGGACCGAAUAUUGCGAGCCCGCGCUCUACCGCCGGAUCUCGACGUUCAUCUCCUUUAUAUCGCCAUCAAGGAUCGACUCACUCACCCGGAAUGGGAAGUAAGGCUUCACGCUUUAAGAGUGCUUGCUGAUCUUCUACCUCUCUCAGGCAAUGCACUUUCAUUCCCUUUUGAUCAAGUUAUAGACAAUCUGGGACAUACGUCGCCGAACGUUAGAAAAGCUGCAUUGGAUGCGCUUAGGGUUUUUUGCACCCACUGCGAAGAACCAGAAUGUGGGGCACGUGCAAUACUAGAUAAGUGUUCCUAUAACAAUAUUCGACCUCAAUCUGCAGAUUUAAGUUUUAAAAUAAACGUUGUGACUGGUUUAGUUUUAUCUAUACCAACACUUUUUGGAAUUUUAAAACGAAGACAUAGAGACCUCGACAUAUUUCCGGUAAUUGAAAAUUUGGGUGAGAAAUUGUUCGAUUCUGUGCAUAAGGACGCUGCUUUGCGAUCUUUAAUGAAACUGCGUCGCGUGUGUGGACCACGUGACUACGCCCUGUGCUUUUCAAGGCUGGACCCAAGAGUUCAAGAUAAAUUUCGCUACUUGUGUGAAAUGUACGACGAAGACUCAAUGGACGUCUAUUACGGACCAAGGCGGUCUCGUAACCAAAAUGUGAUACAUAUUAAUAGAAUUUUAAAUAAUCCAGCAACAAUACCCAUCCAUUUCUCUACUGAUUCUUCGUCAGACGAAUCAUAUAGAGUACCGUUGAACAAUAGUAAUUACGCUAAAGUGAUAAUAGAGACAGAAAUUAAGUUCGAUUCGGACACAGCAAUUACAAUGACAGUCUUAGAACAAAAUGAAACCGAAUCUGACAAAAAUGUUGCAAGUGAUGAUGAAUGUUCUAGUGACGAUCGUUUGUUCCUAAAGUACAGUGAGGAGGAAUCUGAAGAAGAUGCAGAUGUUAUAGUGAAAAAAGUGCGUUUCGGUGGAGAAAGUGUAAAAAUACGGACACCGGACAGUGAUAAUUUGUUAAAUAGUGAGGAUGAUUCAAACCAAAAUAAUUCUCGGAGUUUAUUAGAAAAACUAAACGAGGAAGUAAGUUUACCAGAUAGACCAUCCAUAUUAGAUAAGGCAAAAGAAAUAAAACGAGAAGCUGUUGAAAGAGAAACUCUUGCACCUCAUAAAAAAAGUGGAAUACCGCUACCAGUAAUCCAAAAACAAAGAAAAAGUUUGGCUAAUGUGAGCAGAAAUGAUAAUAGAACAAAAUCAAAGUCUUUAAGUGAGCUGUAUGAUUACUUUAACGAUAAGAAAAAGAAAACGAUAGAAACGAAAUCGAAAGAAAGAACAGGUUUUGCCCUUACCCUUUCUGAAGUGAAAUCUCCUGAGACGGUUUCCAGUCCUGUGGAAUCACAUCGAGAAGUUGAGGUAUUACAUAACUUACAACGGAGUCCCACCGUGUCACCGAGAAGACCACAAACACGCGUGACCGUUGAUACUGAUAGAUUCGUACUGGAUUUGAUCGCAUCUUCUCCUCCAGAAUCACUGCUUAUCUCUCCUCGGCCAUCAUCCCCCUUACAAUUACACUAUGAUUGGGAGGCCUUAGGCGUAGUACCAAAAUACAUUUCAGAACAGUUGCAUAAUACGGAAAACUGGAUAUCAGCUGUAAAGGCAGCGGAUCAGCUCCACGGCGCAUUAUUGGAAUCAGAUAACGUCGCUUUGCUGGAGACCGCUGCCCUAUCUCUUGUGCAACAUAUGUGGGCCCUUAGUGAUGCGAUACCAGCAACAAGAGCACCAGCAGAGGGAGUUGUGUGCUCAAUGAUUCGUAAUGCAAACGCAGAUUGCAUAAGGCAGAUGUUGCCAGACCUGUUGCGCAGACUCUCAAGGGAACCAGCACCCACUGCCUUACCCCAUGCACUAUUGCUGAGGAUUGCAUUACAUCAUUUGGUUGAAUUGGUUUUCGACCAAAAUAUCAUCACGGAGACAGAUUUAAAUAAGCUGGAAGCCGCCCGCCUUCAAGCCACCAUGUGCCUGGCUAAGGCGGCGGGACCAGCUGCUGUUUUAGCUGCUGUUAGGCGUUGUUUAGGUGUCUCAUCCGAUGCUGACAUGUUUUGUUACAAAUUACGUGACAAAAUCAACAAACCGCUGGAAAACAUGCCAAUCCAUGUUUCGAGGACGUCUCAGCUACCUGUACCGACCCGUCGUCGUCGGGCAAUGUCUACUCCAGCCCCAGCUCCUAGGCCUAGAAGACUGAAACCCUUACCAGACUCUGCACCAUCGUUGGGUAUCUCUUCUCCUGGAAGAAGAUUAGAAGUUAGACCAAUAAAUACAAAACAAGACUCAAGCGCUAAUACAAAUUCACCGGAAACGAUAAUAACACCAGUAAAAGAAAAGGACAAAACCGACGACUCUUCUACUUUAGAGAAAAUUGAAAAUGAACCAGAAAUAACAUCACAAGCUCCCAGUACACCAUCAAUACAUGUCGAGGAUUUUUCUGAAAAGAGUCAAUCGUCACUAACUCUAAACGCGUCAAAUAUAUCUGAACAAAAAGAAAAUGUGUUGCAUCAGUCAGAUGAAGCUAUUUCGCAAAAAUCUGAAUCAAUAUCUAACAAAUCAGAAUCAGUGGACCAAAUUGAUUGUCGGCCCAAAAGUGAAAAGUCUAUCUUCGAGCGCCGAAAAAGCGGCGUUUCCACAUCAUCGAUACGAAGCAUAUCUCUCGAGGAGGUCCCGCAGAGACAUGAACGGGAUGUUCGCACUGCACUGGCCGAGACAAUAAUACCAGCUCGGCAUGAAGAUUGGGAAGCUAUAGUUAGCGCACUAACAGAAAUCGAAAGGCUCGCGAAGGAUGAAACGGCUCGGGCCCCGGCAGCAAGCUGGAGAUCUGUUGUCCGAACGGCUUCCACUCAUGUAAGAUCAUUACGAUCAAGAGUAGCUCGUGCUGCGUGUUCGACUUUAGGAACUUUGUUUGAGCUCCGAGGAAAAAUCUUAGAGUCAGAUGUCGAAGAAGCCGCUGGGGCGUUAUUAGAAAGAUGUGCGGAUGCCAAUAGAUUUUUACGUGCAGAAGCCGCAAAUGCACUUGGACGAGUAGCGUGUAGCGUAGGCUGUGCAAGGGCUGGGGUGGCUUUAGCCAGAAAAGGAGCUACACAUCGCGCGGGACCAGUAAGAGCCGCUGCAGCACAAGCUUUAACACGUUUAACAAGGCAUACAGGACCAUCGAAAAUUCUAGAACUUCCAUCUGAGCCACGUAUCGUCAUCCUGAGAGCUGCUGGCGAUCUCCUAGGUGAUGCUCACCCUGAGACCAGGCUUCACGCCCGACAUCUGUGUAUUUUAUUGUCAGAAGACCCGCGUUUUCAUCAAAUGCUCAAAGACUCAAUGACACUUAGCCGGUACCGUGCAAUUGAAAAAUAUGUGGAAAAAUUACGUUGUCGAUAG